AUGACUGCCGCCCCGGCCCCGGCCCCGGCCCCGGCCCCGGCCCCGGCCCCGGCCCCGGCCCCGGCCCCGGCCCCGGCACUGAUCCCCCCCCCGGCCGGUGAGGACACCGGCUGCUGCGGCCCGGAUCCGGAGGCUGAGCGCCUUCUCCGGGAGAUGGAUGCGGAUGAUGCGGCGACGCCCGUGCUGGGGGGCCGGUUCAUGAUCGGCCCAGCCGGCGGUCGCCUAACCAUUGGGAUUUCCUUCUUUCUCAUCCUGGCCAUGUCAGCCUUGUAUUGUGCGACGGUCCUGCCGGACUUGAUGGCGUAUGGCCGCCUGGCCGUGGUGGAGAUUGUCCUCUUCGUGCUGCAUAGCCUCACUUGCAUCCUGUCGCUGGCGAUUUGCUCGACCACCGACCCGGGGACCCUGCCGGCACCCAUCGGCCAGGCCCGGCCACCCGCCAGGCGGGGUGACCCCCCCUCGGAACCCCAGAGCCAUCUCGAUCCCGAGAGCGGGGACACUGCAGGCCCCUCGCCGAAGGGCCUGCCCCCUCCUGGGGGAGCUCACUUUGCCUACUACCAGUUUGUCCUGCCACGUGUGCAUGGCAAGUCCGGCGAGGUGACCCUCUCGAUCCGCACCAAGUGGUGUAAGUAUUGCGGACUGUACCGGCCGCCGCGGGCAUCGCAUUGCCACGACUGCAAGCGCUGCGUCGACCGCUUCGAUCAUCACUGCCCCUGGAUCAACAACUGCAUUGGCCGUCGCAACCAUCGGUCUUUCACCCUUUUCACAACGGCCACUUGCCUGCUGGGCGUCCAUGGGAUCGUGGGCCUGGUCUUCCAGUACCUCUUCCUGACGGACGCCCUGUACCCGCCUCCGGGGAUGGGGUCUGGCUCGGAUGCUCGAAGUCCGACGAUGUGGUUCAUUUCCGCACGCCCAGGCAGUGUCGUCCUCAUCAUCGUUGGGGCCAUCAUCACCCUGGCUCUGGGUGGCCUGGCGCUCAUGCACUGGUCGCUGCACAUUCACAAUCAAACCACCUUCGAGCAUGCCCGCACCAGUGAGACCAUCAACCCCUACACCAGCCGGUCCCGAACCAGCGGCAAGGUUGGCCUCCUGGGCGUGUUUGCCAACGUUUGGCAGGCGCUCUUCUCGCCGAUCCGCCCCAGCUACGUAUACCUCCGAUCUCUGGGUCCCGGGCCAGGACAAGCACACCACGGGGCAUAG